GACAUACUUGCAAUUAAAAGACCGAUAUAGAUUACAUUCUGUACUAUAAAAACCUGCCAAUGUUCCUGUUGAUUCUCAGUCCUAAUGUCAUUCGACCAUCGAUAAGUGAGAAGUUGCCAGUGACCAAAAAUGACGGACCUGAAACCCUUUGAAAUUGAGACUGCGGAGUUUGCAUUCGAAGUUUAUGGCGAAAAUGGAAAUUUGGACGGUACAAUGUUGGGGAAGUUCAUGAGAUGUAUGAACCUGAAUCCCAGUCUUGCAAGACUAGAGGAACUAGGAGCUACUAAGAAGCCAGGUGAAAAGUCGUUCAAAGUAGAAGAAGUUCUGCCAAUGAUUUCACAACUUAAGAAGGAAGUCAAGGAUAUGGGCUGUUACGAAGAUUUCAUUGAAUGUUUGAAACUGUAUGACAAAAAAGGCGAUAGCAAAAUGUUGGCUGGUGAACUGACACAUGCUUUCUUAACCCUUGGCGAGAAAAUGACAGAUGUUGAAGUUGACGAGCUAAUGGAAGAUUGCUUAGAAGAAGAAGACGAUGAAGGAGAAAUUGAUUAUAUACCUUUUCUACAACGCAUGUGUGAGAAAGCACCUAUACUAAAGAAGAAGAAGAAAUAAUCAUGAAUUACUUUAAUGGACAAAUAUUAUUGACUCUCACGAAAAUAAAAGAUAUGUAUAACUA